AUGGCCAUGGACGCAAAAGAAAUCGAACUCAAGGCGAAAGCCUUGACCAAAGCCGCCACGCAGAACGAACCGGCCGCCAACAUCGUCGCCCUCCUCAAAGAACUCCAAAAAGGCGUCAAGGCGACCGAGGACCUCCUCCGGUCGACCCGCGUCGGCAUCAUCGUGAACAAGUUCAAGCAGCACAAGGCGCCGGAGGUGGCGCGGCUGUCUAGCGAAAUCGUGUCGAAAUGGCGCAACGAGGUCAACAAGCAGAAGGCGACUGGGUCGCCUAGCGCCAGCCAGCGCUCCAGCGGAUCGCCGCGCCCGCAGCCGAACGGUACGACGGCCAGCUCGCCCGCCGCCACGCCCUCCGACAAGACGUCGAAGCUGUCCGUGCCGCCCGACAAGCGCAGCUGGAAGGCCGAUGGCAUCGACGUCAACCAGACCGCCAACCGCAUCCGCGACUCCUGCAUCGGACUGAUGUACGACGGGCUGUGUCUCCACUCGACCGAGGCGCCGCGCGCCGUCCUUGCCAAGGCGUCGGCCGUCGAGGCCGCGGCGUACGCGGCCUACGGGCCCGAGACGAAAGAGCAGUACCGCACCAAGAUCCGCAGUCUGUACCAGAACUUGAAGAACAAGUCGAACCCGACGCUGCGCGUGCGCGUGCUCUCGAGCGAGGUCACGCCCGAGCACUUUGUCAAGAUGAGCCACGACGAGCUGCGGUCGGCCGAGCAGCGCGAGCAGGACGCCAAGAUCCAGAAGCAGAACAUGGACAAGGCCAUGGUGGCGCAGGCGGAGCGCAGUAUCAGUACGAGUCUGCAGUGCGGCAAGUGUGGCCAGCGGAAGGUGACCUACACGGAGGCGCAGACGCGCAGUGCCGAUGAACCGAUGACGCUGUUCUGUACCUGCAUGAACUGCGGGAAGUCCUGGAAGCAGUGA